GUGCUUUCUCAGUAUCAAGAUUAUCAAACCGGCAAAAACAGUAGCAUCAUAGUUUACGACACAGGGCUCCCAGCUUUGCUACCAAUUUUCACUUUCUCCCAUAUUCCAGGAAAGUACGCAGCAAAGGAGAAUCCCUAAAUUACUGCAGCUAUCAAACGCGCCCUAAGUUUCCCGAAUUUGAUUACUGGGAAAGUCGGAAUCCCUUAUUUCCCCUCUCUACUGUUCAGUUUAAGGAAAGCAACAGCUGUUCAGGAGAAACUUUAUAAACCCAUUCCUUCUUCUCUCCUGCAAACCAUUCCUACUCAGCUCAGCCACUCUCUCUCCCAACCCAUCACCAAGAACUUAGCAGCUAAUAUAGUUAACAUGGUGCGUCCAAAGCCUCGUUCAUCCAAAAAAUCGAAGCAGGGUGGCGUAGACUUCAAAAAAGUAAAGCAUAAGGUUGGACGGAAAUUGCCCCCCCCGAAGAAUGUGACAAAUCUUACUAUCAAAUCCAAAGCUAUAAUUUUACCUGAACAGAGCGUGGCUACUGAGAAAGAAGGUUUAUCUGUUAAUAGUAGACGGCAGACAUUAAAAGAGCUACUUAUGCAAACACAACAUCAUAAUAGAAAGAUCCGUAGAGAUGCAUUGAUCGGUAUGGGUGAUCUUGCUCUUCAACAUCCAAAAGAGAUCGCGUUGCACAAAUUCUCUGUAAUAGAGUACUUGAGUGCACGUAUUAGCGAUCCUGACAAUGUGGUUCGUGAAAGACUAUAUCAACUCCUGGAAUCAAGAAUCUUUCCUCUGAUUAAAGAGGAUUCCAUGGGACCUCUUAUUUCCAUUACAAUGGCAUAUGUUUUGUUUGCAAUGACACAACUGGCAGUUGAUGUUAGGCUGACAGCAUUUAAGUUUUUGGACCUCGUUGUUACACACUAUCCAGUUAUUGUUUUCUUGUAUGCACAAGAGGAUAUCUAUAGAAAGGAUCGCAUGGGACCAUACAGGUUAGGUCUUCCAAUUCUAAAAGAAGCCCAUCCCGGCUCCAGUUUGAUCCAGGAAACUGAUCCAAACCAAGAUGAUUGGUCAAAACGAAGUUAUUUGAAGGUUCUCGACAAUUAUAUGGAUAUUCUUCAGAACAAUCAAAGUUGCUUUCAGGAUAAGAGCAAACUCAAGGCUGUAUCGACUAGUCUUGUACAUUUCUUGUCAUCAUUGGUGUCUUAUGCACAAAGAAACGAUUCUUCAAUUAAACAUAACGCUAAUUGGGAAGAAGUGUUGCAUGAGUACAAGUCUUCCCUUCCUAAUAGAGCUGGUGAUUCAAGCAUCCCCACAAGAGGGCUGUCUUCCAUUUGCUCAAAAUUGCAAGAUCUUGUCGCUAUUUUACUUGACUAUUGGGAGGAGUCCAGGCUUGUUUUUGUGACAACGACUGUAGUUGACACACUGUAUUUUGAUUGCAUGCUUAACAUAUUACAGUGUAUUAAUCUUUCCGUCAAGUUUGCUGCAAAAGAUAGGAAGUAUGAUGCAGAAGAUUAUUUUGGAUUUAACAACAAUCAUUCACCAUUUAUAAAAUCUGAUGGAGGAAAGUGGUUCAAGUGUUCUUUUCCUGUACUAUCAAAGAAAUUACUGGGAGUAUUUCCUCUCUGCCCUUCAAAUCAUCUUACACUGCUGGUUGAUAGCCGGUUUUUCAUUUUGAACAUUGGCAUCGCAGAAAUAUUUCUAACUAUUAAUCAAUAUGUUGAAAUACGUGAGACUAUCGUGGAGACGUUUCUUCAGUUUAUUGAAUUCGCAUUCUGUGCUAAGGUUUCUCAAACCAAUCAAUCUCUUGAAGCACUUCAUGACAAACAUGUAGUUGCUUUGCUCCCAUUUAUUCCACAACUUAUAGAAACCGUCAAUGCUCAUUGGAGAGCUCGGAUUCGAAAGGCUUUUACUGAAUUGUUUGAAGGCUGCAAAGCACAUUCUGUAAGGAAGCUAGUGUGCUUAUCUGCAAUUGGAGAGAUGCUCCCACUUAUACAAAAGCAAGAUAUUUCAUUUCCGGAUUCAUGUGACCUUGAUAUGUGCGAAUAUCUUCAAAUGUGGUUAAAUGCAUUGCCAAAAUUGUUGUGGCAGCUAGGUCACAGUCAUCCUUCUGUGUCAAAGGUUGUUUUGCAUCUUCUACUUCGUAUCGGGCAAUGUGCAAAAAUAGAUUCCUUUGAUGCUUUGGCUUAUGACAAGAUGCAAGUUGGGUUGAUACCAUUUUUCAGUUUAUGCUCCGAAAGAUCUAAAGAUCAAGGAAAAUGUUCUUAUGGGCCAUUUAUAAGACUACCGAGGGACUGUCAGGAGCUUGCAAUCUGUUGCUUAUAUUAUGUCUCAAGCAUGUCCUCAUUGUUGCUUGAGUCUUUAGCACGCUGUUGCCUUUGUAACCUUUUGGACCGUCAUUUGGUUUUUCGGAUUAUGGAAGUUGUACAAGCAGUGUACAGAGCAGGUCAUUUGAAGAUUGAAAACCAGAUCAGUUUCUUGGUGACUUUAAUUGCAAGCUAUGAUGUAAAUUUUGAGGCUAGAGGAUCUCUUUCAGAAGUAUUGAAGAAAGCAUCACCUGAGGGGGACUAUAAUAAGUUGACAUCAAGUUUUGAUACAUACAGAGCCAUCACCAAAGCAGUUAUUUCUUGCCUCCUUGAAAUGGGUGACCCAGCACUUGUACUCAAUAUUUUACUGCCACUCAUAACCCAUGAGAUGGCUAACAUCCCACCCCUGGACAAUAUGUCUGCCAUGUUAAGUUUGGUUGUAGUGCUUGAUUGUGAACCUGGAAAACUCACGAAGGAAAUACUUAUCACAUUACAACGCUGCCUUCCAGGGUACUUGAUUAAUGUUGCGUCUAAGCAUAUGCUGAAAGAUGAUGGGCCAGCAAUUAUUGAUUGUAGAAGUUUUUGGAAAUACUGCAUAUGGCCUUGCUUUUACCUCUUCAACAGAAACUAUGGCCUUCUUUCUUCAGUGUUAAAGUCAUUUGGAUCUGCCACCAUGCCAUGCUCGCAUACUGCAUCUGACCAGUCGAAUAAGGUCCUUGCCAUUGCUCAAAUCCUUGUCCUCAUGCAUAAGGAUACUCGUUUUUUCCAAGGUCUUUCUCCUUGUAAAGCUGAUAUAAUGUCUAUUUUGCGGAACAUCAUUAUUUUCCAGGCUGAGAAUGGCAUGAACAUGACUUCUGAAGAAAGAAGAAAGACCCAGAAUGCCCUUCAUGAGUUGAAGAUUCUAACAUGUAAAUUGCACCAGUGGGAUGUCAAUGAUCUGGAAAGGAUCUCGAAGGUCAUGUGAUACAAAAUGAUUCAUUUCUCCAUACACGUGGGAUGUCACUUCUCAUGAUAAGCAGUUGGUCCCCUGUUUCUCUAUGCCAUGCACUGGUGCACCCGUAUUAUUGAUAUGCAUGUAUGGCAUACCUUCAUAUAUGCCAUGUAUCUAUUGACGGCAUAUAUUUACAUACGUACGUUUGUAUGUAGUGGCAGCAUUAGGUUGCUGCAGAGUAAGAAGCACUGUUUAUUUAUUUCAAUUGCAAUUUACAUGUUUCAAGUGAACAUAUCUCUACAAAGUCAUAUGAAAUGGUUCUCUUGGCAUGCAAAUACUUAGACAUAUUUUGGGCAGCUUUGUCGUUAAAUUACCAUCUAUCAUUUCCUUAAA